GAGUUGACGAGAAAGAGGAUGAGCAACAACUCCUUAACUUUAUCCAAUGCAACCAGCGACUGGCGUGAGCCGCAGGAAGAAAACUCUAUGUACAAAGUGGGUUUGUCAGUAAUGACGACGCUUGUGAUGGCUCUGCUGGUGUUCUCCAUGGGUUGCACCGUCGAGGUGAAGAAGCUGUGGGACAACAUCAAGCGACCUUGGGGGAUCGCUGUGGGGAUGAUAUGCCAAUAUGGACUGAUGCCCUUGGUGGCCUAUAUCUUGGCCAUUAGCCUUGCCACCACCACAACCCAAAGCGUGGCCAUCCUUAUCCUUGGCUGUUGUCCUGGAGGAACAGUGUCCAAUCUUUUCACUUACUGGAUUGAUGGAGAUAUGGAUCUCAGCAUCUCUAUGACAACCUGUUCUACCAUAGCUGCCCUGGGAAUGAUGCCAUUUUGCCUGUACAUCUAUACAUAUUCCUGGGAACUUGCAGAUGGCAUCACAGUUCCAUAUCAGACCAUAGGAACAAGUCUUCUCAGCUUAAUCAUACCAGUUGCUUGUGGGGUUUUUACAAACAAUAGAUGGCCCAAGCAUUCCAAAAUCAUUGCCAAGGUUGGAGGCAUUUUGGGAAUUACCCUCCUGAUGGUUGAAUCAGUAAUUGACACAGUAUUGUCCAAAGAUUCUUUGACUCUGGAGCUCUCUAUCCUGACGACUACUGCAGUUUUUUCGUUCACAGGCUACAUAGGCGGCUUUCUCUUGGCCCUCAUCACCUGCCAGUCGUGGCCAAGGGCUCGAACCAUUGCUUUGGAGACGGGAUCACAGAACAUUGCGUUAUACUUUGCAUUGCUCCAGUUAUCUUUGAACUCUCACCAUUUCUCCCAGAUAAUCACUCUUCCUAUGCUCUACGGUGCCUUUCAGCUGCUGAAUGGAUUACUCAUAACUGCCGUGUAUCACAUUUACAAGAAAUGUCUGGGGAAAAGAGAAGAAGAGAAAGCACUGGCACCCCACGUUAACAUGUUAGACAUUCCAGGCAGCAAGAUCGCCAUGGGAUUUGAAAAGGAAGAGGAUGGCCCUGUGCAUUCCAAGAUGGAAAAUGAAAAAGUUGGCCAGUUUCAACAGGUGGCUGAGCAUGAUAUGACUUCCCUUGAAGGAAUCCCAUGACUUCAUCCCCAAGGUGCAAAAGAUUUA